AUGUGUCUGACCAAGUCAGAGGACAGUAGUGGGGAAGCCCUGGGGAAAAUGUCUUGUACAGCUGAGAUCCAAGCAGCGUUUAUUCUUUCUUCCCUUGUGACCUUCUUCAGCGGACUCCUCAUCUUAUUAAUAUCCAGGCUAAUCUGGAGGAGCAUUAAAAAAUGGCAAAAGAGCGAGGGAAAAGGAAUUUUCUUGGAAGUAAUGUCACGUAGCAUGGACCGUAAACGUUCAAGAAGUCUCACUUUCCAGGGAGUUUUUCGUGAUCGUGUAGAAAUGUUGCUCUCGGCACAGACCUUUGUGGGACAGGUGUUGGUGAUCCUUGUCUUUGUGCUAAGCAUUGGGUCUCUUAUAAUCUAUUUCAUCAACUCCACUGACCCUGUUAGAAGCUGUUCUUCAUACCAAGACAAAACCAUCCCGAUUGAUUUGACUUUCAAUGCUUUCUUUAGUUUCUAUUUUGGAUUGAGAUUUGUGGCAGCUGAUGACAAGGUCAAGUUCUGGUUGGAGAUGAAUUCGAUUGUAGACAUCUUUACCAUUCCACCAACCUUUAUUUCUUAUUAUUUGAAGAGUAAUUGGCUAGGUUUAAGGUUCUUAAGAGCAUUGCGGCUGCUGGAACUCCCUCAAAUCUUGCAAAUUCUGAGAGCCAUCAGGACCAGCAAUUCAGUGAAGUUUUCCAAGCUGUUAUCCAUCGUUCUGAGUACCUUGUUCACUGCUGCCGGAUUCAUUCACCUGGUGGAAAAUUCUGGUGAUCCCUGGCUCAAAGGUAGAAAUUCACAGAAUAUUUCAUAUUUUGAGUCCAUUUACCUGGUCAUGGCAACGGCGUCGACUGUCGGCUUUGGAGAUGUGGUAGCCAAGACAUCCCUAGGACGGACCUUCAUCAUGGUCUUCACCCUGGGGAGUUUGGUUCUGUUUGCGAACUACGUCCCUGAAAUGGUGGAACUUUUUGGUAACAAGAGGAAAUACACCAGUUCCUAUGAAGUGGUCAAAGGAAAGAAGUUCAUUGUGGUCUGUGGAAACAUCACUGUGGACAGUGUGACGGCUUUCCUGAGGAAUUUUCUCCGCCAUAAGGCAGGGGAGAUCAAUACUGAGAUUGUUUUCCUGGGAGAGGUUCCUCCUUCUUUGGAAUUGGAAACCAUAUUUAAGUGCUACAUGGCCUAUACAACUUUCAUUUCUGGAUCUGCACUGAAGUGGGAGGAUCUGAGGCGAGUUGCGGUGGACUCUGCAGAAGCAUGCCUGAUUAUAGCCAACCCUCUGUGCAGUGAUUCACAUGCUGAAGACACUUCAAAUAUCAUGAGGGUGCUCUCUAUCAAGAACUAUUACCCUAAUACCAGAGUCAUCAUACAGAUACUUCAGUCCCAUAACAAGGUUUUUCUGCCAAAGAUCCCCAGCUGGAACUGGAAUACUGGAGACAACAUCAUCUGCUUUGCUGAAUUAAAGCUUGGAUUUAUCGCCCAAGGCUGUUUGGUGCCAGGCUUGUGUACCUUUCUAACAUCUCUAUUUGUUGAGCAAAACAAGAAGAUCUGCCCUAAAGAGCCCUGGCAGAAGCAUUUCUUUAGCGGCCUGAGGAACAAAAUCCUGACUCAACGCCUCUCUGAUGACUUUGCUGGAAUGAGCUUUCCUGAUGUUUGCCGGCUCUGCUUCGUGAAGAUGCACCUCAUGCUGAUAGCCAUCGAACACAAGUCCGUGUGUCACGGUUACUGUGGGCUGAUACUAAAUCCACCUGCUCAAGUUAAGCUCCGUAAGAACACACUAGGAUUCUUUAUUGCUGAGUCUGCAAAGGAUGUCAAAAGAGCCUUCUUUUACUGUGCCGUCUGUCAUAGUGAUGUGUAUACUCCUGAGCUAAUUGGAAAAUGUAGCUGCAAAAGCAAGAAUCCUCGGCACAGGACAGGGGCAACAGUCAUGGUGAUGAGAAACAACGGAAGGGAACACUCUGGUCCCAAAACACAGGACUCCUACCCAGCGACACAUACGAGCAUGGCUAGCAACUUGAGCUUUACCACCAGGGCUUUGCUAUACGAAAUGGAGCGAGAGUCUGACCGCCUUGAUAGCAGUGGCAUGUUUCAUUGGUGCAAAGCCACCCCUUUGGACAAAAUGAUUCUGAAACGAACUGAGAAGUCAAAACAUGAGUUUCGGAACCACAUUGUGGCGUGUGUCUUUGGAGAUGCCCACUCAACACUCAUGGGGCUUCGGAAUUUUGUAAUGCCGUUGAGAGCUAGCAGCUAUACCCGUCAGGAGCUGAAGGACAUUGUGUUCGUUGGGUCUCUGGAUUACCUGCAGAGAGAAUGGCGAUUUCUCCAGAAUUUCCCCCAGAUAUACAUUCUGCCUGGAUCUGCGCUCUAUUCUGGAGACCUCCAUGCAGUCAACAUAGAGGAAUGUUCCAUGUGUGCUGUCUUAUCCUCACCAUCUAAGUCCGCCAGCAGCCCGACCUUGGUGGACAUGGAGCCUAUCAUGGCCACACUCAACAUCGGAUCACUUCGGAUUAGCUGCUCAGCCCAGACACCCUCAGAGCCACAGUGUACUCGGUGCUUUGGUGACAAUCCCGGGAAAUCCAAGUACCGAAGGAUCCCCAUCCUCACCGAACUGAAAAAUCCUUCCAACAUGCACUUUAUUGAACAGCUCGGUGGGAUGGAAGGAGACUUCUCGGGAAUGAGCCUGCACCUCAGCACGUCCUUUGCCACUGGCACUGUCUUUUCCGGCAGCUUCUUGGAUUCCCUCCUGGCCACGGCGUUCUACAAUUACCAUGUUCUGGAAUUACUUCAGAUGCUGGUGACAGGAGGGAUAAGUUCUCAGCUGGAACAACAUUUGGAUAAAGACAAGUUCUGUGGGCUGAAUGACAGUUACUCUACCGUUUCACCUGGAAGGAUGCGGUGUAAGCUGGGGCUUCUGUCCUUAAACCAAACCAUUUUGUCGGACAUUCAACCAAGAAGGACCUUUGGGCAAAUAUUCUGCGGCUCGUUAGAUAAUCUUGGAGUCCUGUGCCUCGGCUUAUACCGCAUGAUAGAUGAAGAAGAGCACAACCCGGAGCACAAAAGGGGAGUCUGCUGGUUUGUGAUUACCCGGCCAGAAAACGAGUUUAUGCUGCUGCCCUCGGAUCUUGUGUUUUGCGCCAUCCCCUUCAGCACCUCCUGUUACAAAAAGGAUAUUUCACCUCCAAGUCCGUGUGAAAUUAUAAAUAUGGUGCCACUGACAGAAGAGACGCUUACAGACGUAAAUUGUCCUCCUUCCGUUGACCAGGUCAGCGAGACUGCAGCCCAGCCGCCCAGUAUAUCAGUCCGUUUGCUGGAGCCAAAACCCAUCCCCGCUGGUGAUCCUAAGCAAGCAGUAUUGACUCCAAGUGGGAAACUCUCAUCCCAGACACAUCCAGGUGAAACCACGAAAGAAGAUGGAAAGGAAACCAUGGAGGAAACCGCAGUGGAAGAUGCUUCUGCCUAUCCAGAGUCAGACUAG